AUGUCCUUUACAUAUGCUACUAUUGGAUCAGCACUUGGCUUGGCAAAAGUAAUAGAAAAUGGAGAGAUAAAAGGUAGCAUUGGAGGAGUGCCUACUUCGAAUCCUACUAAAAAAGUAUGGGCAGUUUCUCAAGCGCUUGGGGACAUAGCCUUUGCUUUCCCAUUCUCCGUUAUUUUCCUAGAGAUACAGGAUACUUUGAGGUCUAAUCCACCAGAAAAAGUCACCAUGAAGAAGGCAUCAAUAAUGGCAGUCUGCACCACAACUUUCUUCAACCUAUGUUGUGGAGGGCUUGGGUAUGCAGCUUUUGGGAAUUCAACCCCCGGGAACCUUUUGACAGGAUUUGGUUUUUACGAGCCUUACUGGCUCAUUGAUUUUGCUAAUGCCUGUGUCUUUCUUCAUCUUGUUGGAGGAUAUCAGGUAUUCAGUCAACCACUUUUUGCAAUUACUGAAAGAUGGAUUAUCAAAAAGUUUCCCAACUGUCGAACAUUGCAUGAAGAUUACAAUCCAAAAUUAAUACCAGGUUUGAGACUAAAUCUUCUGAGGCUGUGUUUCCGAACUGCUUAUGUUGCAUUCACCACAGGUUUCGCCAUACUUUUCCCUGACAAACCUGGGCACCACGAUUUCUUCGUCUUGAAGAAACUUGUACUCCCCGAUGGUUCCACACUGAGGGCCAAACUUCCCGGGAGACCAACUAGAGAUUGCUUGUUUUCUGAUCCUACUAGAGAUGGAAAAAGUCUUCUGAAAAUUUGGAAUAUGAAUGACUUCACCGGAAUUCUUGGGGUGUUUAAUUGCCAAGGAGCUGCAUGGUGUCGAGUUAGUACGAAGAAUCUCGUCCACAACGAACAGCCAGGUGCAGUGUCCUGCACCAUCCAAGCUAAGGAUGUUCAUAUCUGA